UCUUUGGCACUUGGAGAGAAAGAAAAGAGAGACAAGGAGAUAGCAAAUGAACAGGUCAUACGUUCCAUGACCUUCUGUGAAAUGAACUAUGCAUGUUGCUGCUAAGGUACCUUGGAAGGUACUCUAACAGUGAACGGAGGUGUUGGGAAGGCAUCAUAUUCAGUAAGAAACACCUUGAGACUCCUGUCAUUUUACUUUGAGGUGGGUCUUGCACACUCCUCCAUGGAAACAACAAAUAGAACUGCCAGGAUCCAAUUCUUCUUUCGUCCAUUCUCACCUGACCCUGGGGUGCAGAGGGUGAUUUUUGUGGCCUUUUUAGUGAUGUACCUGACUAGCCUCAGUGGAAAUGCCACAAUCGCUGUGAUUGUCCAUAUGAACCGCUCACUCCACACCCCCAUGUACUUUUUCCUAGCUAACUUGGCAGUUCUGGAAAUCUUCUAUACAUCAUCCAUCGCACCACUGGCCUUGGCAAACCUUCUCUCUAUGGGCAAAACUCCUGUUUCCAUCCCUGGUUGCGGCACCCAGAUGUUUUUCUUUGUCUUCUUGGGUGGAGCUGACUGUGUCCUGCUUGCAGUCAUGGCUUACGACCGGUUUGUCGCAAUCUGCUACCCUCUGAGAUACACACUCAUCAUGAGCUGGUCCUUGUGUGUGGAGAUGAUGGUGGGGUCCCUGGUGCUGGGAUUCCUGCUGUCACUGCCACUAACUAUUUUAAUCUUCCAUCUCCCAUUCUGCCAUAACAAUGAGAUCUACCACUUCUACUGUGACAUGCCUGCAGUCAUGCGCCUGGCUUGUGCAGACACACAUGUUCACAGGACUGCCCUGUAUAUCAUCAGCUUCAUCGUCCUAAGCAUCCCCCUAUCUCUGAUCUCCAUCUCCUAUGUCUUCAUCAUUACAGCCAUUUUACGGAUCCAGUCUGCUGAAGGGCGCCAUAGAGCCUUCUCUACGUGCUCUUCUCACAUCAUAGUGGUCCUCCUGCAGUAUGGCUGCACCAGUUUUAUUUAUUUGUCCCCCAGUUCCAGCUACUCUCCUGAGAUGGGCCGAAUGGUGUCUGUGGUCUACACUUUUAUCACACCCAUUUUAAACCCUUUGAUCUAUAGUAUGAGGAACAAGGAACUGAAGGAUGCUCUAAGGAAGGCGUUGAGAAAGUUCUAGUAGGAUGAUCUUGUGAUUUAUUUAAAUAAAGGCACUUCUGAAAGUGAAAUGGGAUGCUAUUACUAAUUAUGAAGGUUCCAGGCAAACAGAUGCAAUCCUGUAAUUCUGGUACUGGGGAGGCAGAAGCAAAAGGAUUGCAAGUUGGAAGCCAGCCUAAGCUACAUAGGAUAAUCCUGUCUCAAGACAAAUAAACCAACUAAUUAUAAUAAUAAAAUAAUGGUGGGAUGACAUGCAUAAAUCAGGAAUGUCCUCAGCACUUGGAGACACAUGGUCUGAUACGCUAAAUCUAAUUUGAUUUCCAGAGAAAAUUUAUGCUUCUGUCUUUCUGAAAAUAAGACUAUAUCACGUAAGACAAUAUUAUGCCCUGGGAUGGAGAGAGGUAAAGCAACAUUUAUUGGGCAGCUACUAUAUACCAGGCACUUUGUAUGAAUUAACUCAUAUACCCCAUACUAAGCAUCAUCAUUGCAACUUUUCAGAGAAAAAAAAAUUUAAGUGACUAAAAAAUUAUAUAUCCAAGAUGAGAACACGGUAUCUACAAAUCUAAAGGCUAAACUCUCUUGAGAAGAUGUUCUUAUAAUUCUGGGCUUGCUUUGCCAAUAGGACAAUAUGUAACUGCAGACAAGUCUCCCCAUCUCUGUGGGCUCUAGUUUACUUAUUGUACAACGAAGCCAUGAAUGGAAAAAUAAUAAUAAAAGUAUCUAAAGCUUUACAGUUAGCAAUAUGUAGGAUAAUUUUUCUUUUGUAUUUUGUUGUUGUUAAUCAAAAUGAAAACUCACAACAGUGUUCAGAACUUUUAGAGAGACUUUCAGUCAUGAAAAAGAGUGGUAAUAAAGGAGAAAGUUGUUUAAUUUAAUAAAUGAAAAUAAUGGAAAUGAUGAAAGUGGGCAUCACUGAACCUUAUAAUUUUUGAGAAUAUCUUCUUCUUCUUGGAGCUGAAGAGAUGGCUCAGUGGAUAAGAACAUCUGUUUCUCUUGAGAGGACCUGGGUUCAGUUCCCAGCACUCAC